GUACAGGAAAAAAUAUAUUUUUAAAAAAUGGAAAAACAUUAGGUUGGCUCAAAUAUCUCUGUCUCAAAAGACAAGUAGAUUCCUUUUUAUUUUAUUUUUACAGUAACCAGUAAUUGUUAUCAUACCCUAUAAAUUAUCGGUGAAAAAGAAGGAUUCUUUGUUUGUUUCCCGAGAAAAUAAUCUCGAUUUCCAUCUCCUAUCUGUCAUCGGAGCUUUUUUUCUUUCUACUUCACAAGGAAUAAAAGAUCAGUCAAGAGUUUGAUCUUGGUUGAAAAACCGAGAAUGGAAGGAGAUGUGUUGUCAGGAUUUGGAGACAGACACAAUAUGGAUGGGAAAUUGUUGCAGAGUUUCCAGAAGAGCUUUGUGGAUGUUCAAGACAUUUUGGACCAAAACCGAUUAUUGAUCAACGAGAUCAAUCAGAACCAUGAAUCGAAACAACCCGAUAACUUGGGUCGAAACGUGGGUUUGAUCAAAGAGCUCAACAACAAUAUCAGAAGAGUAGCUAGCCUUUACGGUGAUCUCUCUCAUUCUUUUGCAAGAUCAGUGGAUGCUUCAUCAGAAGGUGAAUCUAGUGGAACUUUGAAAUCUGAUGGGAAAGCUAACCAGAAGAGAUUUAGAUCCGGUUAGUAUUGUAACCAAGACCAUCAAAGUUUAUUAUCAUAGAUUCAUAUUCAGAGCUAAUUGAUUGAGGAAGGAGAGUUUUACAAAUGUAAUAUCUCUGUUGAAAUGAAAGUUGAUUUUCAGAUUAAGAGAGUCUUUACUUAUCUGUUGGUUUACAAAUUGAAUAAACUUGUUGUAAAGUUUACACAUUUCGGUUAAUGAUUCUUCUUCUGUUUUUAAUU